AUGCUAUGCUCUACUUGUGGCAGUAAAAAUACAGAUUGCCCAAUCGCACCAUGCACUAGUGGCCACAGUUCCGGUGGGAAACGUGAGUCAGCUAUAACAACCUUCAGCAUCCCGCGAAAACGGGCGAAAACGACCACCUUAACGGUAUCGAUGAAACACAAAACGAUGGCACCAACACGAACGACGAUGGCGUUAUGCUGCUGGUGCGUACUAAUAGCAGCACUGGUAACGACAGAUGCCCUACCAAUCACCUCCAAGCCACUGGACAACAAUCCGGAUCAUCUGACGUGGGAAGCGGCAUGGCUAUCGGAGGACAGCCGGGCACCGAUGCCGCUCAGUGGAAAGUCGAAAAAAAUCACUCCCAAAUCGAUCUUUAUCACACCGUUUCUCAAUAGCUACAACACGUCCGCCUGCCCGCCGGACUACAAGGUAGACUACAACGGCAAAUGCAUCCAGGUGGUGAGCAUCAACACGGCCGACAUUCUGGUGACGAAGCUGCAGAGUCUCUUCUCGCAGCAUGGGGACGGUGGCAGCAACGGAGGUACUGGGGAAGAUGACUACGAUUACGAUUACGAUUCGACGGGUCCGUUCCAUGUGAAUCUACCGCUCAGUAUUGAUUUACCGCCGGAACCACCAAAACCGCCCAAGCUCCAACCUUCGCCGACAACCAAGCUAACGUACAAAGACAUACCCGCACCAAGCUUUUACGAUAGUGCGAUGGUGGACAUAACGACAGUCGAUCAGGACAAGGCAAAGAUAACGACCGUGUCGGUAAGCGAUCCGGAUAAGCCAUCCUCCGAGAAGCCCUUUCUUGCCACGUCCACCACCAGCGCAUCCUCCGAGCCGGCCCAGGUGGACCAAAGUAACGCCGAAAGUACGCACACCGACAUCUCCUUUCUCGCAUUCGAAACCCUCCCCAACGGAACGCUGGUCGGUCAGGUCGAGCUGGAAGCAAACAAUAGUACGGUGGUGCAAAGUAUUUUUGUUUCCUCCACUACAACUGAUGUACCAAUGGCCGACGGUAGCAGCACAGCGGAGUCUACAGUCACUGAGCUCGCUAGCAGCACCGGUACAACGACUGAUCGUGCUGCUGAUACAGCUGGUACGGAUGGUGGUGAUGCGGUAGUGAGUACCGUGCUGUCUACGCAGGAAGUACCAACGACUACGACAAAGGACGAGGAGGACGCAACGAUUACUACGGACGUUAGUAGUACUGGUGCGACUAGUACAAUCGAACAGGAUGAGUCGGAUAUUGAAGCGAUGAAGUUAGAGCUGGAAGAGGUAAUAAGUAAUCGUAGUUCACUUGCUCCGCUAGAUACAUCCACUACAGACAUGUCUGAGAUGGAUCUGGAUACACUUCCAACAGCAGAAACACUACCAAGCGAAGAACCCACGAUCGUAAACAAACUCCCAGAACCUGUAACCGUGAGCACAACAACAACAGUUCCACCGCCUGUACGUGGUCUUAUGCCGAUACCUACAAAGCCUUCAGUGCAGAUCAUUACACCGAUCAAGGGCAGCUGGGAUUUGGGAAUUAAAGGAGGGUCAGCACAUCUAAUAGCUGCCAGCCAUCUCAUCCAGCAGGAUCGAACAACGCGUGCCACGCCGGAAACCACCACGCAGGCGAUCAGUGCGCAAAGAGCCACGCCAGAACCAACGGUUUUAAAUGUCCGACAAGACUCUCCGGAAGAUAAGAAGAACAGUGAGGAGGUGGAUCGUCACGAGGCUCAGCAUGCGCUUCGGGAAGCAAACGAAGCUAGCAAUCGUUUCGUUUAUCAUCAUCUCCCUGCUUCAACGAUCGUUUCGACGACUGAAGUGAGUGUGUCCUCCAGUGUAACCCCUGAAACAACCACCACGAGCAGCAUCCUACAGGUUCAACCACUUGCAUCCACUCCGUCUGGUAGCAACAAUAACAACUAUCUUGAUCAGUUGCGUAAAAUAAACGAAAUCGUAGCUGAAAAGCGACGCCACCAGCAGCAGCAAGAGCAGCAGCUUGGUAUGAGUUCAUCCAGCACGCGUAUUCGAUUCCCGUCACGCGAUGAAGAACAGCUAACCGGUGCUGCGAGUAAUAACUACCAUCAGCCAGCGAACGGUGUUCGAUUCCCCGGUACGUCCACGAACCGUCUAACACCGGCCAGCAGCAAUCGUCUGCCGGACCUAUUUCCCAAGAAGACACCGGACAGUACGACACAGCGGCCUGCUUUCUGGUGGCUCCCAUCCGGUUGGGAGGUAGACCAGACAGGCAACAAACCGAUGCUGUUACGCUUCUGGUCGCGGAUGCCGCUCGUACGUGACAGCUCACUGCAGCCAUCAACCACGGGAAGUGCCAACAACGAUCCAGCUGACAACACGGCUGGAACUAACAACAACCGAUGGCGUUCGGCGACAGGCUUCCAGCAGCAGCAGCAGCAGCAGCAGCAGCAGCAAACGACAAGAACAUCACAUCCGGUCGCGACGGCUCGAGGUAACUCGAAAAGUCCGAGCGAAAACUUCUACAAGGAGGUAUCGGCACAAGAAGUCUACAAGGUGAUGAACGCCCGACAGCUAAAUCAGCACCAUCAGAGAUAAGC